AUGCUUGCUGAAGUUGAUGACCUCGAGCUCCAUGUUAUCGUCAACGACGAACUCCACCCGAUCUCCUCAAGUCCCAAUGCAGCUGUAAAAUUGGCAAAGCAGGUUUAUGGGAAUUCCCUCAUGCUGGUAAAUUCGUGGACGGAGCGUGGUGGGGCCACUAUGGAAAUGCGCAUGGACAACAUCUGUUGUGCCAUGCAUGGGAUAUCUCUACUCCUUGUAAGCCUAUCCUUCGUGUCUUCGAUCCUAGCCCCGAAGGUGGCAUCUGGGCAAGAAAUACUCGACGACUCAGAACCGAAAUCGACAAUAUUGAGCAUGUUGCGCUUUCACAUUAUCACCCAGACCAUUUCGGCGGGCAGAAAAUGCAAAACCCUGAAUAAAGGCCAUAAUUGGGGCGGACUGGUCAAGGCCAUUGAAUUAAUUAGUAACAGCAACAAGUUUUAUUCCACACAAGUAGUGGUCGAUGUUGACCCAGAUCGAUCUGCAUCCCGCGGAGCACAGGCCGACCAACCAAUCUCCCUUGAAGCAGACCCUUCUUUUGCAGAGCUAGAAGCCGCUGGAGCCACUGUAACCCCCUCACGCCACUCUCACAUCUCGGAGCUUAUGCACUUGUAUCCGAAGCAGUUGAGGGGAGGGGAUGAUAAGUCAAGUCAGAGAGCCACGCUACAACCACUUGCCUGGAGAUCCCCCGCAUUGACAGGAAAGGUGGCCAGAUUGUCGGCCGAAACGACAAAAAUAAUAGCUAUUCCCCGAUACAUGCGGGGAAAUGCGAUAACCAAGACAUUGUGCACGACUACUUAA